UUCCCUUUCACCCAGCCAUCCUAAGCCAUUUAACUCGUUUUCCACAAUUCUUCUCUCUCUCUCUCUCUCUCUCGGAACCAUCCCAGAACCAAUCCUGGCCUUUCAUCUCUGCUUCCUUUCCUCCACUUUUAAGCCCGUGUAAGUCUCUGUUGCUCAGCUCAACAUCAAAGUUCUGUGCUUUCUUUUUCCUUGGCUUCCCACUGAAACUCUGUAGCUCUAAACAAGGUAGGCUUGUUUUCUUGCCAAGUCCGACAAGUGGCUGCUUAUAUAUUAUUUACAAAUCUCUUCUCAGUUCUGAUAUAAAUCUCAUGAGUAAUCUCAAACUAGGGGUUCAGGUUGUGAGUGCCCAUGACCUUAUAGCCAAAGAUGGGCAGGGCUCAUCUACUACUUUUGUGGAGCUCCACUUUGAUGGACAAAAAUUCCGUACCACUAUUAAAGAAAAAGACCUGAAUCCUGUUUGGAAUGAGAGCUUUUACUUCAAUGUCUCUGACCCAAACAACCUAUCUAACCUCACCCUUGAUGCCUAUGUCUAUAACCAAAAUAAAACCAAAAACUCCAAAUCCUGUCUUGGGAAAGUUCGCCUCACUGGGACAUCAUUUGUGCCGUAUUCUGAUGCUGUUGUUUUGCACUACCCUCUGGAAAAAGUAAGCUUUUUAUCACGAGUAAGAGGAGAGCUUGGUUUGCAAGUCUUUGUCACUGAUGAUCCUAAUAUAAAAUCCUCAAAUCCACUUCCUGCAAUGGAAUCCUCUUUGCAUACAGACUCACGUUCAAUCCAAAGUCAAGUUCUAGAUUUUGUCCCAAAUCCAUUCUCUAAUAAAAAAUCUGACUCGAGGCACACAUUCCGUCACCUUCCUAACCCAACUUCUGCACAGCCACAGAAGCAUAACACUCCCUCCAUGUCAACCCAGCCAAAUUUAAACUAUGGGGUACAAGAGAUGAAAUCUGGACCGCCGCCCCCGAAUGUUGUUCGCAUGUACGCGGGCUCACCAAUGCAAUCAGCUGAUUAUGCACUUAAAGAGACGAGUCCUCACCUUGGAGGGGGGCAGAUUGUUGGGGGGCGAGUAAUACCUAGAGACAGGCCAGCCAGCACAUAUGAUCUGGUUGAACAGAUGCGGUACCUUUUUGUACGUGUUGUGAAAGCUCGCGAUCUUCCCUCAAAGGAUGUGACUGGGAGUCUUGACCCUUUUGUUGAAGUUAGAAUUGGAAACUUCAAAGGAAUUACAAAGCACUUUGAGAAAAAACAGGACCCGGAGUGGAAUGAGGUGUUUGCCUUUGCAAAGGACAAUAUACAGUCAUCCGUUCUGGAAGUUGUAGUAAAGGACAAGGAUAUGAUAAAAGAUGACUUUGUUGGGCUUUUGCAGUUUGAUCUCAAUGAAGUUCCUACACGGGUUCCACCUGAUAGUCCUUUGGCUCCAGAAUGGUAUAGACUUGAAGACAAGAAAAGGGAGAAGAAGAAGAAUGGGGAGCUGAUGGUUGCUGUCUGGUUUGGCACACAAGCUGAUGAGGCUUUUCCUGAUGCUUGGCACUCGGAUACAUUUACUUCCUCUGAUAGCCCUUCAAUGGUGUCCUCACAUACCCGCUCAAAAGUUUACCAUUCACCAAGAUUGUGGUAUGUUCGUGUGAAUGUAAUUGAGGCACAAGACUUGGUUGUAUCCGACAAGUCUCGUUUUCCAGACGCAUAUGUUAGGGUACAGAUUGGUAACCAGGCUUUGAAGACAAAACCGGUUCAAGCUCGGACUGGGAACCCACUCUGGAAUGAGGAGUUCAUUCUUGUUGCUCCUGAGCCUUUUGAAGAUCUUCUGAUCCUUUCCGUUGAAGAUCGUGUAGGUCCUAACAAAGAGGAGAACAUUGGGAAAGUUGUUGUUCCAUUGAACUCUGUCGAGAGGCGUGCUGAUGAUCGAAAUAUUCGAAGCCGUUGGUUCAACAUUGACAAGUCCAUGUCAGCUGCCAUGGAUGGGGAUAGUGGAAAGAAAGACAAGUUCUCUAGUAGACUCCAUCUCUGUGUCUGUCUUGAUGGAGGGUACCAUGUGCUUGAUCAGCCUACUCACUACAGUAGUGACCUCCGCCCUACAGCAAAGCAGCUCUGGAAGUCAUCAAUAGGUGUUUUGGAACUCGGCAUUCUUAAUGCUGACGGGCUCCACCCUAUGAAAACAAGGGAUAGCAAGGGUACAUCGGACACAUAUUGUGUGGCGAAGUAUGGGCACAAAUGGGUUCGGACUCGAACAAUAAUGAACAGCUUGAGCCCAAAGUACAAUGAGCAGUAUACUUGGGAGGUUUAUGAUCCAGCUACAGUUCUUACUGUGGGGGUUUUUGAUGACAGCCACAUUGGUGGUUCAGACGGUAACAAAGAUAAGAACAUUGGCAAAGUUCGAAUCCGAAUUUCUGCUCUUGAGACUGGCCGAGUUUAUACUCACUCUUAUCCAUUGCUAGUCCUUUUCCCUUCUGGUGUCAAAAAAAUGGGUGAAUUACAUCUGGCAAUACGGUUGUCGUGCACAUCCCUGAUGAACAUGAUGCUUAUAUACUCUCGGCCUGUUCUGCCAAAGAUGCACUACAAAAGGCCCUUGAAUGUAAUGCAGCAGGACUGGCUGCGUCACCAGGCUGUGAGCAUUGUGUCAGCUAGGCUUGGUCGAGCAGAACCCCCUCUUAGGAAGGAGGUGGUUGAGUACAUGUCUGAUGCAAACUCUCAUCUUUGGAGCAGGAGGCGCAGCAAGGCAAACUUUUUCCGGAUGAUGUCAAUUUUCUCAGGAUUCCUUGCGCUUGGAAAGUGGUUUGGGGAUGUUUGCAUGUGGAGGAAACCCAUUACAACGGUGCUAGUACAUGUUCUCUUUGUGAUGCUCGCUUGUUUCCCAGAACUGGUUUUGCCAACUGUUUUUCUAUACAUGUUUGUAAUAGGACUUUGGAAUUUCCGAUACCGCCCAAGAAAUCCUCCUCACAUGGAUACAAGAAUCUCUUAUGCAGAUGCUGCACACCCUGAUGAGCUUGAUGAAGAAUUCGAUACGUUUCCGACAUCUCGGGGUACUGAUAUAGUCCGAGCAAGGUAUGAUAGGUUAAGGAUUGUGGCUGGGAAAAUUCAGAAUGUUGUGGGUGAUGUGGCUUCCCAACUAGAGCGGAUCCAGGCACUCCUAAGCUGGCGGGAUCCUCGUGCCACAGUUAUAUAUGUGGCAUUCUGUUUUGUGGCUGCCAUUGUGUUGUAUGUGACACCCUUCCAGGUGAUGGUUCUUUUGGCCGGAUUUUACGUCAUGAGGCACCCCAGGUUUCGGCGAAGCAUGCCAGCACCACCACUUAAUUUCUUCCGCCGGCUGCCGGCUAGGACAGACAGCAUGUUGUAGAUGGUAUUUUCUGUCAAAAGUUUCUCCCGUGUUGUGUGUUGGAUAAUGUUUAAAGGCAGUGUUGUAAAUGUUGUGUCUGUCUACUGUUUUUGGUUGUUUAUGUUGUCUGGUCAUGGAGGGUUGAUACAGACGUAUGCAGACUGUGAAAUCAAUUGUAGUCAAAUGAAUUUUGUGUUUAGCA